CAGUCCAAGUCCAGGCAGUCUCUUUUAUUUGUAACAAUUACUGGAUCUGUACAUGUGGCUUAUAUCCUUUGGCUGUGUCAGCUAUGAAUAACUUUUCUUUGAAUUGUGUGUUUCGGUUCUUUUAACAGUUGCCCAGACAUAUUGGACUCAACAGGAUUUGACCAACGUAGAAGACACAGUAUGAUCUACAAUUCUGCCAAAAUGCUACACUUGUGUUUUUAUUUGUCAGUUGGUCUACUGAGUCUACCUCUGCUUACAGAAUGUGAAAAAAUUAAGCUGGUUGGGCCUUCCCGAUGCUCUGGUAGAGUGGAGGUCUACCACAGAGACAGCUGGGGAACGGUGUGUGAUGAUAACUGGAACAUAGCCAGCGCUGAGGUGACGUGUCGAGAGCUAAAGUGUGGGACAGUUCUUGAGGCCAAAAAAAGUGCAUUCUUUGGAGAGGGAAAGGAAGAUAUCUGGUUAGAUGAUGUGGUGUGUACUGGGCAUGAGUCUUCCAUCCUCAGCUGCCAGCACAGACCAAUCGGCGAAAAUAACUGUGGUCACAAUGAAGAUGCUGGUGUUGUAUGUUCAGAAUUUGUGAGGCUGGUCAAUGGAAGCAACCGAUGUAGCGGCAGAGUGGAAGUCUACCAUGAAGGCCACUGGAAAAAAGUGUGUAGAAGUAACUGGCGUGAAGAGGACGCUGAGGUGCUCUGCCGAGAGAUUAGCUGUGGCACCCCUGCCACUCAGUCUGGAGCACAAUAUUUUGGAGAGGGAAGUGACACAGUUGGAAUCAAAACUAACUGUUUUGGAAAUGAGAGCUCUCUUUCAGAAUGCGCACUUCACGAAUUCAAGGAAGGAUGUGAUGAUGCUACUGUAAUUUGUGCAAAUAAUAAACCGAUUCGACUGGUGAAUGGGUCGAGUCGAUGCUCUGGCCGAGUGGAAGUCUACCAUGAGGGACAGUGGGGAACAGUUUGUGAUGACAAAUGGGGGAUGCAGGAAGCAGCUGUUGCAUGCCGAGAGAUGAACUGUGGGGUGCCUCUGUCAGUCAAGUACAAGGCCUUCUUUGGCAGAGGUCAGGACCAGGUUUGGAUGGACGAUGUUGAGUGUACUGGUAAUGAGAAGUCCCUUGCUGAAUGCCCUCACAGAGGGUUUGGAGAACAUGACUGUGACCACCAUGAAGAUGCUGGUAUCAUUUGUUCAGAGACAAUCAGAUUGAGCAAUGGGACUGAUCGCUGCUCGGGUAGUUUGCAGGUCUUCCAUGAUAGCCAAUGGGGAAGAAUUUGUGAUAAUAACUGGAGCCAGAAAGAUACUGCGAUGGUGUGUAGGGAACUUGCUUGUGGAGAUCCUAAAAAAACCAGGGAAAUUCCAGAGUUUGGCAACAACAGUGAACUGAAAGGGUACACAAGCACAUGCUCCGGCAAUGUGAGCUCAAUCAACCAGUGCACACUUGACAUAAACCAAGGGAGAUGUAGAGGGGUUUCUAUUGCAUGUCAAGGUAAUCCACCAUUGAGGCUUGCCAAUGGCACUGACCGAUGCUCUGGCAGAGUGGAGAUUCUGCAUGAUGGCCAAUGGGGAACGGUGUGUGAUGAUGAGUGGGACAUCAGAGAUGCUCAGGUGGUGUGCAGAGCUAUGGACUGUGGAACAGCACAGACAUCCAAACCCAGUGCCUUCUUUGGUAUGGGCGCAGGACCCAUUUGGCUGGAUGAUGUCGGCUGUAUUGGUAAUGAGACUUCCCUUUUGCACUGCCGGCGCCCUUCUUUUGGAGAAAAUAAUUGUGGCCAUGGUGAAGAUGCCGGCGUGAUGUGUUCAGCUACCAUUAGACUCAUAAAUGGGACUGACCAGUGCUCAGGCAGGGUGGAGGUCCACCAUGGUGGCAAUUGGGCGCCAGUACAUAGUGCUACCUGGGGAAUGAAUGAAGCCACAGUGGUGUGCAGAGAGAUGGAUUGUGGCGAUGCUGGUGGCAUCUCGGGAUCAUUUGGUCAAGGCGAAGAAAUAAGAGGGUAUAAAAUCACUUGCAAUGGUAGAGAGACCUCUGUCACACAGUGCACACUGAGAGAAUAUGUGAAGACCAGCCACGAUAAUUUGGAAGAUGCAUCUGUUAUAUGUACAGGUAAUGCUAAGUUGUCUGGUGGGCAUAAUCGCUGUGUUGGAAGAGUGGAGUUCUUUGACCAAGGCCAGUGGGGGAAUGUCUGUGGUGAAUCCUGGGACAUGAAUGAUGCAAACGUGGUAUGCAAACAGCUGAAUUGUGGGAGGGCUCAUACAAUCGCAACCACGGCUGCUUAUGGCCUUGGCACUGGACAGACUGUGAUUGAUCGGAUUGAAUGCAAUGGAAUAGAGGCCACAAUGAGUCAGUGCCAACGUGGACCAUUCAGAGACAGAACAUGCAACACUACCUCAGUUGCUGGUGUUGUCUGCACAGGAAGUUUGGAGGCCCGGUUGGAUAAUGGUAAUGACGAGUGCAAUGGCAGAGUAGAGGUUCGUCAUGGUGAGACGUGGCAAACUGUGUGUGACACAGACUGGACCCUGAAUAAAGCUGAGAUGGUGUGUCAGCUUCUGGAGUGUGGACGUGCUAUUAACAAUCCCGGUCGCGCUCAUUUUGGCCAAGGCCGUGGGACAGUAGUGGAGGCUAGUGAUUCAUGUUUCUCCAACGUGUCAUCUAUUCAGCAAUGCUCAGUCCAAGGUUUCAGAACAGCAAGGUGUGGGCAUGAACAUGAUGCUGGUGUUGUCUGUGCAGCACAGGUUCGCUUGGUCAGCGGCUCAAAUGAAUGCUCGGGUAGAGUUGAGGUUCUCUAUAAAGGCCAGUGGGGAACUGUAUGUGAUGAUGAAUGGGAAUUAAGUAAUGCCGAUGUGGUAUGUAGACAGCUUGGCUGCGGUCAUGCAGUUGCCGCUCCUACAAGUGCCCACUUUGGUAGGGGUAGUGGACCCAUAUGGCUGGAUAAUGUGGACUGUUCAGGCCAAGAGCCUGCUCUCACACGCUGUACACAUGCUGGUUUUGGAGAAAAUAACUGUGGGCAUGGUGAAGAUGCUGGCGUUAUCUGUUUGGGUGCUUUAGAGAAGCCCCAAAUUACUCUGAGUCCUUCUCCAGAGGUAACCUGGGGUGAAAGAGUCGAAGUCACCUGCACUAUACUAACAGAGCACUUGGGUGGGAAAUUUAUCUUAAGAAAGAACGGCGAAUCAUUUAAAAUGGAAAGAUUCACGGACAAUGAAGCUGCGACCUUUGUCUUACCUAGUGUGGACUUCGACCAAAGAGGGUCAUACUUCUGUGAAUAUCAAAAGAAAUUGCCAAAUCAAGUCAUCUAUUAUCCUCAAGGAAAUAUAGCUGAGCUUUCUGUCACAGUGAAAAUAGAGAUACCCAGCAUCUCGAUGACAUCUCCUCAUGCAAUGGUGGUCUAUCGCCCUGAUAAAAUAUCAGUCCCUGAGGGCAGCAGCUUUUCCAUCACUUGCUCAAUUCAUUCCAAAUAUCGUGAUGGUUUCUUCUAUCUGACAAAGUCUAACAAGAAUAUCAGUGAAUCCAAGCCAGCGUUUGGCCACUCUGUCUUCUAUUUGGCGUACUUUGAAUUCCCUGCUAUACAGUAUAACCAACAAGGAGAUUAUAGCUGUGUCUACGGUGUUAACAUUUCCUCGAUGACCUUCAGCUCCGUUCCUUCAAAGUCACUCCUAGUCACUGUUGUCAGCGCGUCCUCAUCCACUUCAGUGGCCGUAGGAGUUGUGGUUGGUCUGCUGUUGUUACUUCUGCUGGUUAUUGGUUACGUGGUCUGGAGAAGGAGAUUACGGGGUUCUGCAACCAUGGUUCAGUUUAGUAACAGGUUUGGAGGAGCAGUCCGACAAGGUAUGGAAGACAAAGGCAAUGGAGCCCUUGAUGGAAGGAACCGCAACACCCAAAUGAAUGAGCGUGCAGAAAGUCAGAUUUCAGAGGACAAGAUUGCUGAUUUCGACUCGGAUAAUGUUGUUGAAAGGGUCCCUGAAGACCUCGCUGGGAGAGUGUGUUACGAGCUUGAACCACUCGUUCUCUCGUGAUAUAAAAAUUACCCAAGGAAUUUCUUCAUGUGAUUUCAUUUAAGAAUAAUGUAAAACCAUGCUGAAAAGGUAGUACACUUCUGCAUUACUGCAGCAGGAUGAGAACCACUGGAGGCCAGCAAAAAUAAGAUUAUCGGCUGGUGUUAAGUUGCUCUCUAAGGUAGACCAUAGGAGCAAUAGAGAUGUGUAUUUUUUCACCUCUUUUUAAGUAAACCAAUAAUUCACAAAUCUAGCAACUUCAUAUUUCCUCAGAUAGAUGCUGUUGUUGUUAGUUGCUUUAAAAGAUUUAUAAAACAAACUUUGCAAACAUUUAAAAUGAGAUUUUAAAUAUAACAUAUACAGUGUGAUGCUUGUGUAAACAGACUAUUUCUCUUGUUAAAGUUAGAUUAGUUUCAUACUCUUUUAAGUGUUCUGAAGGUUACCUGUGGUGUAUUUUCUGUGAAAUUCUGCCAAUCAAAAAGCUAAUUCUGCAGCUCAAGAGAGCACAUUUGCUUUGCCUUUUACAAUGUCUUCAUAUUGCAUAAUAAUUUGCUUGUUUUCAGUUUAUGUGAAUACUGAUUAAUAAAUCUGGAUUUCUUACAACA